CAGAAGUUGAACGACAGUGGUAUAGCGCCUACACAAAUCAUGCAGAUCUCCGGACACAAAAAUGUGCAAAGCAUUAACGCAUAUUCGACGUUGAACUCUCAACAACAACGGACAAUUUCGAAUAUGUUGUCCUCUGAUUAUGGCAGCAGUGCUAGCUGUCCUGUGAUCCCAUCAGCAAUGAAUACCGAAACUACACGUGUCACCAGCUCCACCAUGACCAGUGCCAUGACAGUAGGCCAGCAUUCCACCUCUAUCUCCAGAAAGCCUGCAGAUACGCGUCUUCCUUGUGGUGUACUGAAUGGACAGAUCUUCGGGGGGACUUUUAACAUCACAGUUAACAAUAAUUACAUUGCUGCAAAGUCCAGGAAACGUCCCAUUAUCGAAUCGGACAGUGAUUAAGCUUGUAGCUGGUAGUUUCGACCUGGAGCGCGGUGUCAUCUUUGUAACGCGGAGUGAU